AAAAAAAUUUAUUAUUAAAUUCAAGCUUAUUUAAAAAAAAAGAAGUAUAUUUGUGUCAAUUAAUCUUUAAAAAAUUAAAUAUCAGAAAUGAAAUAAGAAGAUAUGCGUUAGAAUGUAAGUGACUCAAAAGAGGAACCUGGCUUUUAACAUGACACAAAAAUUUAAACAUUCAAAUAUAUGCCUUAUAGCUAAAAAAAUAAAAAUAUGCCUGCUAAAAUCAUUUAUUAAAAGGAGCCUGAUAGAUUAAAACUUUAAAUUUAAGAAGAUAUUAUAGACAUUAGCAAUGAAUUAAAAGGAAAAUAAAAACAAAAUUUUGAUUCGCCUUCAAAAAUAAUAGGCCAAUAGUUUUUUAAAAUUUAAUAGGAUGAAUUAAGUGGAAAUUAAAUGAAAGACUUUAGAUAGAAAUAAGCUUCAGUUGGCUAAAACCCAAAUAAGCUAAGUUAAAAUUAUUCAACAGGAGAAUUUAAUUAGAGCAAAAAGAUAUCAUAAAUUGUGGAGUAGUAAAUGAGUAAUUUAUAAAACACAUUUACUACUUAGAUUAUUAAAAAAAGUACGAACUUAGAUUUUGAUUUAUCUAGAUCACUCAAAAAUAAUUUUACUCAUAGCAAAGACCAAAGCACUUAAAAUUAUUUAAAAAGAAAAUCUGUUGUAGAAAUUAAAAGCUCAGCAUAGCAAAACUUGGAUAACUUGGUAUCACCUUCGUCUAAUAAAUCUAAUCAGUAUUCAUUCUUUAAAGCAGUAGAGCCAGAUUAGACAACAAAAUAAACAUAAGUAAGGCAUUCAAGCUUAGAUUCAAAACCUAGAUAUUAAAAUAAUAUUUAACUACCUUCAUUAGUAAAUAAUAAUUCUAACUCACCAUCAGCAACUUAGAAAGGCUAUAAUAUUUAAAAUUAAAAUAAUUCAAAUAGUUUUUAAAAUAGUAAUAAAUCCAUCUCUUAUCGAAACCAUAGAUCUUCAUUUCUUUCUUAUUUUAGUAACUAAGGCGAAACAGCAAACUCAACUCCUACUAAUAACACUAACAAAUAUAGUUUACAUAUUAAAGAUAAUAUUUAUUAAUAGCUAGAAUAGAAGCAAUUUAUAUAAGGAAGUGUUAAUAAUUAUGAAAAUCGAGCUUCUCCUAAUAAUUCAAAAUUUUAAUCUAUUUUUAGUUAAAGUCAAUAAAAAUAAGAUACUUACAAUGCUAUAUUUAAUAAAUAUGAAAAGAGCUUUUAAUAGGGAGAUGAAUAUUUAAGUAACAGAAGAAAGUCAAAUUUAUAAAGUAGUAAAGUAUCAUUAUCUAACCCAACUACACCUUAAAAUAGCAAAUAAAAUUUCAAUAAGCAAAACUAAAAUUCUUAAUUUUAUAGAAUGAGUUUUUAAUAGCAGUAUGGAACUCCUAAAAUGACAAAUCUUGAAAAAUUAGAAAUAGAUUCAGAUAAAUUCACUUUUGAUUAAUUUUAGGCAGAUUAAAAAAGUUAGAAUAAUGCUCAAUACCACUUUUAAUAGUUAUCAAAUAGUAAUAAUAUAAAUGAAAAUUAUUUGUCCGAUAAUUAAAACAUUAAAAAUGAUUAAAAUAGCUCUGAUCAUUCUUUACAUAAUGAAAAAUAAGUUUAAGUAAAUUAAGGUAGUACUAAUAAGCAAUCUCCAAGUUUGGUUAAUAUUGCAAACUUAUCAGAAAGCACUAAUUUAACUUACAAUUAAAAUUAAGGAAAUGCUGAUAAUUUAUAAUUAAAAAUCAGUAAUAAUGAAUUUUUUAAUGAAAUUAAAUCUCCUGGAUAAUAGUCUUAAUCUAUAACUUUAACUUCAAUAAGCUUUAAAGAUUUUGAAUCUAUAAAAACCUAAUGCCUGAAAAUAAUCAAAGAUUAGCUUUUUUCUGAAGAUUAUCAUAAGCAUUCUUUUGAAAAUGCAGCAGAAAUUCCACAUAAUCAGUAAACAGAUACUAUCGUGAAGUUUGUUUCUCUUUGCUUAGAAGAAUUACAACAAGAUUUUUUUUAUCACCAAAUUGAUCAUUCUAAUCCUUCUUUUGUUAAUUUUAAAGAAAUUGAAACCCCUAAUUAGUUUUCUUUUAACCAGCUAAGUAUUUAAUCAAUUAACCACAGUGUAAAUUGGCCUAAACUUUCUUUUUAAUACCCUUAAAAGUUUUGCUAAACUUUUGUUGAGAGAGUAACUUCUUUACUUGAAUAAAAUGAUAUAUUGAAAAAAAGGAUUUAGUAUGUAAAAAGAUUGGUUUCUUAUAAUUUCAGGAAAUAUUUUUGCUAUAAAGAUUUUAUAAGUGAGAUUAAAGGUACUUAGAAUUUAAAUAAUAUAAUAGAAAAAAUCAUUAAAAAUAUAUAGAAAUUUUACAAUAACUAGCAAAUUAUAGGCUACUUUUCAGACAUUAAAUCUGUUUCAUAUUGUUUACUUGAAGGAGAUAAAAUGGGCAUUGAUAAAAUUAUAAAUAAGCAUAUAAUUUUUCCUAAUUUUGUAAAUUAAUUAUCAAUUCAACAUGAAAAUGAGAAUGAUUUAUCUACCCAAUAAGAAAAUAUAAAAAUUGAGAUACAAUAAAAUUAAAAUAUGUCUAACUAGUUGAAAGAAAAUACAGAAAACAAAUAAAAUGAAAAAUUAUCUUCUUCUAAAUUAUACUAAUUGACUGGGAUCAAAGCAAGAAAAAAUAAUCACUCUUCAACUAAAGAUAAAGAAUUACCUGGGUAGUGGAAGUUCAAUCCAGUUAGUUUUUUUGAUAUAAAAAUAAAUAUUUUUAAUACACUUAUUGAAGAAGAGUUUGUUUCAAGUCACUCUAUUAUGAAGAUAUUAGAGUAGAUUGAGACCUUGAGAUAUGGUACUUUUAGAUGCUUUUUUGGAAAUGACAUAGUACUAAGCUACUCGGAACACGUAAAAAACAUUCUAAAUUUAAUACCUGAGAAUCACUUACAUUUAAUUCUUAAUAAUUCUUCUUAAGGAAAUAUAAAAAGAGAUUUUUAGUUAUUUUUUAAUUAAUUUUGUGAACACAUCUUUGUUGAAAAUAGUUCUACCUAAUAGUUAAAAAGCUUAUGUGUUAGCUAAAACAUUAACUUGAACACUGAAACUUUCUUCCUAUUAGAAAAUCAAAUUAAUUAUAUAAUUAAUGCAAUGAAAAUAAUACCUCUAUGUUAACGUAAAGAUAUCAAGUAUAAAUUAUAAAAAUUAAAACGCUCGCUAAAUUUAUCAGAUAUUUUUGAUAACGUUUAUGAUAAUUUAAUUGAAAUAGUAAACGAGUUAUAAGUCUACAGUGAUAAGCAAUUCGCUUAAAAUAAGUAGUAUACUGAUGAAUAAAUAAAAUCCAUUAAAUCUAAUUUUAAAUAUUUCUAAUAUCUACUACAUACUGUUUUAUGUACUGAAGGUGCCUUUUCAAAUUAUGACAUGGGUUUUGCGUUCUCAGAGCAUAACGUAAAAGAGGAUUCUUUAAAUUUCUGGAUUAAAUACUUAAAAAGAAUAUUAUAAAAAUACAACAUUAAAAAUGCAGUUAUUAGUAGUAUAGAAUAAAUUCUUAUUGAAAUUAUCUAAAAUAAAGUAUUUAUAUGA